AUGAAUGCUACCAACUCUCAACGCGCUGCUCCUCCGGAACCAAUCGUCACCAAAGUCAUUACAGAUUUAGCAAGAGUUACCAUGACGGCCAAGAAUAACGAAAAACCUCUAUCCGCCGUAUCACACUUAUUCCAAAAUGGGCUAGAUUUUGAAGAACUCACGCCGAGCGGGAUCGGGAAAUCCUGGAAGAUUGAGGGGCUAUGGGUCGACAUGUUUGUACGCAUCGACCAGUACACAACGUUGAUAAGCGCCAACGAGGCCUUCGAAGCUAUUCUAGAGCAUAACGACAGCAUGCAAAAUUGGACCACGCUAGUAGUGCCUGUCACAAAAAAACCCGUCAAGCUUGGCCACCGAGUUCUCGGAAACUACGAAAUUGACCGUCCAACCAUCCUGUGGCAGAACAACAAUGUCUUCGUCACGAUACAUUGGGAUAAGUACGAAGACCGGAGAUUUACUACUAGCAAAGUCGACCGAAUCAAUGGGAACCUGAUAACGGGGGCUCUCGCAUUCGCCCAAGGGCUCGAAUACCUCCUUAUUGGUGGAGCUCAACUACCUCUUUAG